UAUUAUUAUUUAAAUUGUUUUUAUUUUUUUUUUAAUUUUUUUUUUUAUAAAUUAUACGUUACUGUUUCUCAUUAGACAGCUACGGUUUAAAAACUUUAAUUUCUACGGAAAUCCCGCUAAUAAAUGACUAUUGCAAUAUUAGAAAAUUGACUAGAUGUCAAAUCCAUUCAAAUUGUAUUCAAAACAUUGAUAAGCCAAUAAUAUAAUAAUAAUAAUAUUGUAAUGUGUCAGAAUAUUAAGUCACUUUAAAAACUUGUUGUCAAAUGAUGUUAGAGAUUUUUCCACAUCAACAAAGUGGCGUAGAAAUCAGGUAGCAGCCGUAACGUAUGCCUCCGGCGGUGGCGUCCAUGGAACACCUUGGUCCAGGUUUUGGCAGUCCUAACUUGCGCAAUCCCUAUUCGGCGUCUAGAACAAAGUUUCACGGUCCAAACACCUCAUACGUAAAUUCAUCAUCUACGUAUUACACGAAUAAAUUUAUAUCUCAACCAGCAGUAGCCAACCUGCCACUGUGGACUGCUAUAUUUGAUUAUAAAGCCCAAGGUGAAGAUGAGUUGAGCCUUAAACGAGGAGACAUUGUAGAGGUGCUUUCAACUGAUGUAAAAAUAUCUGGAGAUGAAGGCUGGUGGACUGGUAAGCUCGGUGAUAAGGUUGGCAUAUUCCCUGCAAAUUUUGUCACUGAAAAUAAUAUUUUGGAGAAUGUGUCAACAGUAGUGGAAAAUGCCCACAUCACAGAAAUCGGUUUUAGUGAACUUGAACUUGAAGAAGUAAUUGGUGUUGGUGGUUUUGGAAAAGUUUAUCGUGGUUAUUGGAAUAAUAAAGAGGUUGCUGUUAAAGCAGCACGUCAAGAUCCAGACGAAGAUAUUAGUGAAACAUUAAAAAAUGUCAAACAAGAGGCAAAUUUAUUUUGGUUAUUAGACAAUGAAAAUAUUGUGUCAAUGUUGGGUGUUUGUUUAGAAAUCCCAAAUUUAUGCUUAGUCAUGGAGUACGCACGUGGAGGUUCACUUAAUCGUGUACUGAUGGGAAGAAAAAUACGACCAGAUGUGCUUGUUGAUUGGGCCAUUCAAAUUGCUAGAGGAAUGAAUUAUUUACAUAAUGGAGCACCAAUAUCAUUGAUUCAUCGAGACUUAAAGUCAUCAAAUGUACUAUUAAAUGAACCUAUUGAAAACAAUGAUCUACAAUUCAAAACAUUAAAAAUCACUGAUUUUGGUCUUGCUAGAGAAGUAUACAAAACAACUAGAAUGUCAGCAGCAGGAACAUAUGCUUGGAUGGCUCCAGAGGUUAUAAAACAAUCAACAUUCUCAAAAGCUAGUGAUGUUUGGAGUUAUGGUGUAUUACUAUGGGAAUUACUUACUGGACAAACACCAUACAAAGGUAUUGAUUCAUUAGCUGUAGCUUAUGGAGUUGCCGCAAAUAAACUUACUUUGCCAAUACCAUCAACUUGUCCGCAGCCAUUUAAAGAACUUAUGGAAGCUUGUUGGUAUUCUGAUUCUCAUAUGAGGCCAAGUUUUGAUGACAUAUUGACAUCAUUGGAUGAGAUUGUACAUUCUGCUUUUACUCAAACCCCUCAUGAAUCUUUUCAUACCUUGCAAGAUGUUUGGAAAAUAGAAAUUGAACAAGUACUCGAAGGACUAAGGUUAAAAGAAAAAGCUUUUAGUUCUAAAGAAGAAGAAUUGAGAUGUCGUGAAGAAGAAUUAAGUCGUGCUCAGUUACAACAACAAAUCGCUGAGAAACAUUUAAAACAAAGAGAACGUGAUCUAGAAGCGCGUGAGAUGGAACUGCUCAAAUGGGAAUUGAAUAUUAUAAUGCAACAACAACAAGCUUCACCAGCAAUACCAACUCCCAAUAAACGACGUGGACAUUUUAAGAAAUCUAACAUUUUGAAAAUGUUAAAAAAAGAACCAAACCAAUUGCCCAUCAGUUCUCCGUCUGAUUUUCGACAUACAAUAACUGUACAACACACUGGUGACAGAAAAAAUCGUGAUGCAUCUGGUCCAAACAGUCCACCUGGUUCCCCAAAUAUUCCUAGACUGAGAGCUAUUGCACUGCCAGCAGACGGAGUUAAAGGCAAAACAUGGGGCCCAAGCACAUGCCAUCAACGUGAACGUGUUCAGAUAAUUCGUGGAAGCCCAUCUUAUCCAUCAUCGCCAGCCACUACAUCUUUCAGGGGAUGGUCUAGAUCAGCACCUAAUCUGGAAAAACACCACUCAUCGGUUUGCUCAAAUUUUGCAGCUUUACAAGAAAUAGAUUAUGGUGGUCCUCCGAUGUCCGCUGAUUUUUGGCCAAACGACGAUGAACGACCGAAAUCCUUGAACAAGACCACAUGUGAUAGUAGUGGAGAUUGCAGCUAUUCCACUCAAGGCGGAUUGUUAGCGGCGGCGCCGCCAAGCGUUUCGUCGAAAUCAUCAUCUUCAUCGGUAGGAGCUUCCAGAACUACUGCGGUCGAGAGUGUCUUACACAUGGCCGCGUCCAUGUUGGCCGGUCUCGUGUUAGGUGUGGAUAUUAAGAGGUGUUCGUACGGCCGCGGCGUGCCUUUUGAAGUGGGCGAUGAAUCGAUUGGUCAUCACCUUCACCAGCAGAAUUUUUCGAGUCACUCCAAUAAACACAAUACUUAUCACGGCCCACCGAAACACUUUCGCACGCCCCUGAUGCAAGGUUUGGACGCCAAACCUUUACGAUUCACCGAUAGUCCACAACACCGUUUGAGCCGAUCACGGAGAAAAACCAGGCCAUCACCUCGAAGGAAGUCGAGUAGUGCUUGUAACAAUGACAAAAAUGACCAUUUUUAUGGUACCACGUCGAGCGACUAUUACAAGCAAAGUGACUUUUCAUCUCAUACUGGAUAUCGACAACUAUCCAGUGACCGAGAAUACCGUCAAUUGUCAAGCGACAGAGGAUAUCGUCAACUGUCCAGCGACCGAGGAUAUCGUCAGUUGUCCAGCGACCGAGGAGGAGAUAGUGGCUAUGAUUAUGAAAAUAGAGCAUUGUACGCGUACGACAAUCCCAGCGCUAACAGUGAUGUCAUCUGUAGCGCAGGUAGUUCACCUUCCUUCAGCAGGAUUCGGUACCAAUGCGGGGGUGGUAAUCCUACAUUUUCUAUGGAUCCUGCAGAAACAUCGUCGUAUUUUCUGCAGCAACAAAUGAAUACUGAAACGGACAAGUCUUCAUUGUCUCUUCCGUAUCUCAGACGAGCCAGAGACUUUACCACUUAUUUUUCACAAGACCAUAAUCCAACAAUGCAAGAAGUUCUAAAGCGACCAACUACCUUAGAACCUGGUACACCGUCGAGAUUGCGGUCCAGUUUGAAAAAAUCUGUGUACUGCAGUCGACAAACUGCAGUUGGCUCAUCGAGUCCUAGUGCAGUAUCGCCAACCAAUCCGACUCCACCAGACAGUUUAACCAGUGAUGAUAGUAGUUACAUGUCAGCCAGGGAUAGUUCAAUAACAUCUACAUCCACAGCUCGAGUUCGGUUUUCACCUAUAACAUUAUUGGACUUGCCUACCCAUGGCCAACACCAAGAUUCUACUGUACCUCUACAGGCAUCAUCUUCCAGACGAUCAUCAUCUGUCACAGAAUUCAUAUCGUAGUAUUUUGAGCCUUGAAUUUUAUAAUAUUUAUAUAUUGUAAUCCAGUCAGUAUUUACCCAUAUGUUUUUUAAUAUAUAAUAUAUUUAUACAUAUAUUCUUUUAUAUAGUUCAGUCACAAUGUGAAAUGUGUCAAGAAAUUUUAUAUUCUUCUUUUUAUUAUUUUAUAUAUUUUAUUAUUAAGUUUUUAAUACAUAGACAAUGUUU